AACAGCAAAAUCUAUGGUGGGGUUGUCACUAUCUGUGGAAACUUCUCAGUCUCUCACUAUAGCAGAGUAUAUAAAGCAAAGGGCAAAAGAAGCAGUUGGAGCAGCUGAAACUCCAUGUGGGGGUUGGUCUGUGACAAGACUGCGCUCUUCUGCUCGUGGAACUUUAAAUGUUCCGGGAUUGAAUCUGAGCGUCGGCCCUAAAGGUGGACUCGGGGAGCAUGGUGAUGCUGUAUCUCGUCAACUGAUUCUUACAAAAGUUUCACUUGUUGAAAGACGCCCAGAGAACUAUGAAGCUGUUAUUGUUCGACCGUUAUCUGCAGUAAAUGCACUUGUUCGAUUUACUGAGGAGCCCCAGAUGUUUGCAAUUGAGUUCAAUGAUGGAUGCCCGAUCCAUGUAUAUGCAAGCACCUCUCGUGACAGCUUACAUGCUGCAGUUCGUGAUUUGUUGCAAACAGAAGGCCAAUUGACUCAUGUUCACCAAGCAUUUCAUGGUGGUGAAGAUGCCGCAGUUUCCUCUUCCUUACCUCUGGCGAAACGCAGUGUCUUGGGUGGGCUUCUUCCUGAAUCUUUGCUGUAUGUGUUAGAACGUAGUGGUCCAGGGGCAUUUGCAGCUGCAAUGGUAUCUGAUUCUGAUACUCCAGAGAUUAUAUGGACUCACAAGAUGCGAGCAGAAAAUCUGAUUCGUCAGGUACUUGGAUACUCCAGAGAUUACCUCCUGAACUUAUGUGAUGAGAUUAGAUUUCCAAACUGGCCAAUUGUUGAACAUGUUGAGUUUCUACAGUCAUUACUGGUAAUGUGGCGUGAGGAGCUUACAAGAAGACCUAUGGAUCUUUCUGAGGAAGAAGCUUGCAAAAUAUUAGAGAUAUCCUUGGAAGAUGUGUCAAGUGAUGAUGCCAAUAUGAAGCAUUCCAUUGAGAUGGGUGAGGAUAGCUUUAGCAUAACCAAGCAGAUUGAGAAUAUUGAUGAAGAAAAGCUUAAGCGACAAUAUAGGAAACUUGCCAUGAGAUACCAUCCAGAUAAAAAUCCUGAAGGAAGGGAUAAGUUUCUUGCUGUACAGAAAGCUUAUGAGCGCUUGCAGGCCACCAUGCAAGGCUUGCAAGGCCCUCAAGCUUGGCGGUUGUUGCUUUUAUUGAAAGGACAAUGCAUCUUGUACAGAAGAUAUAGAGAUAUAUUGGAACCAUUCAAAUAUGCUGGUUAUCCAAUGUUGCUCAAUGCAGUUACUGUGGAUAAGGAUGAUAACAAUUUUAUUUCCUUAGAGAGAGCACCUCUCCUUGUUGCAGCGUCAGAGCUUAUUUGGCUAACGUGUGCAUCUUCUUCAUUGAACGGUGAAGAGCUUGUGAGGGGUGGUGGCAUACAGCUUCUUGCAAAUCUCCUCUCUCGUUGCAUGUGUUUAGUUCAGCCAACUACAUCCGCAAAUGAACCAUCUGCCAUAAUUGUUACAAAUGCUAUGCGCACCUUCUGUGUUUUGAGUCAAUUUGAGAGUGCCUGGGCUGAAAUACUUGAAUAUUCUGGAUUAGUUGAUGACAUUGUGCACUGCACCGAGCUUGAGCUUGUACCUGCUUCUGUAGAUGCCGCUCUCCAAACUAUUGCGCACGUUUCUGUGUCCACUGAAUUGCAAGAUGCCUUGCUUAAAGCUGGUGUCUUAUGGUACCUUUUGCCCGUGCUGCUUCAGUAUGACUCAACUGCAGAUGAAUCUGACACAACAGAGUCACAUGGUGUUGGUGCUAGCGUACAGAUUGCAAAAAAUAUGCAUGCUGUACGUGCAUCGCAGGCGCUGUCACGGCUCAGUGGUUUGUGUAGUAAUGGGAGUUCAACACCUUAUAAUCAGACAGCAGCUGAUGCCCUUAGAGCUUUGUUGACUCCAAAACUUGCAAGUAUGUUAAAAGAUCAAGCUCCUAAAGACCUACUGUCGAAAUUAAACAAUAACUUGGAGUCUCCAGAGAUUAUCUGGAACUCUUCCACCCGAGCAGAACUACUGAAAUUUGUGGAUCAGCAACGGGCAAGUCAGGGUCCAGAGGGCUCAUAUGACUUGAAAGAUUUGCAUAUGUUUUCGUAUAAGGCACUAUCAAAAGAACUCUUACACGAUCAAUGUGCUUUAGAGUCAGAACUUAAGAAUGAGCCAAAGCAGGAUGGCUCAUCCCUUGAAACAUCUGAGCAUCCUAGUGAUAUUGCUAUUGCAUCAGUAGAUGAACAUAGUCCCCCAGUUGAUGAUAUGGCAGUAUCCAAUGGCAAAGUGUCAGAGAAAGAAGAAUUUAAAGUGGUCAAGAACCUUAAGUUUGUACUGAAUUCACUUAAGAAAGCAACAUACCUCAACUCUGCCUGA